CACCCAAAUUACAACAUGCAUGCUUUGCUUACUCAAAGCAGAUAUGGCUGUGGAUGAUAUAGAUGAUUCCUUCAAGAAACCUGGAGCUGUCCCUUUUAAGUGGGAGAUCCGACCCGGUGUUCCCAAGAUCCAUACCCAUCAACAAAAACUCCAACCAAAGCAAUUAUCACCACCCGCUUUACCAUCCCCAUCACCGCCUUUCACCCCUCACCGUUCACCACCUACUCCACGAACUCAACAAAAGCUUAAACUUAAACCCCCACCAGCUGGAUUCAUUUUUCUCCCUCCACCGGAGCCCCGUACCCGUUCCUUCCGUACAACUCCACGUACCCGCUCUGAGCGUUGGCGGUUCGACCAACCCACCCGUGUCAGCCCCGAAUGUGUCUCGCCCGGAUGCUUUCCAUCCCCUUUACUAAGGAGGAAAGACAGCAAGAGAAGAACCACCCAGGUACCUGAAUCCGAAUCCGACUAUACUUCUGACCUUGAGACACUUGCUAGGUGGUCACUGUCAAGCCGGAAGUCACUUUCGCCUUUCCAUGACUCAUCGGCGUCGUCUUUCUCAUCGUACCGGUCAUCUCCCCGAGUGGUGAGUGAUGCUGAAUGGGCUGGGUUUGGUCUUUUCUGAAGAACCCUACUGUAGAUAAUAUUAGGUGGUCAUUGCUUUAUGACGUCUAGCAAGUUCAUUUGAAUUUUUGCUUGGUUUUUCUAAUACUGUAGACAAGUCUUAAGGCACAAGAGUUGUCACCAUGUGGGAUGACCUGUGGAUAGAUGUUGUCGCAGUAGGAGAGUUGAGAAGUUGUUUUGUAUUAAUAUUACUGGAUGGAGUAGUUGUUGAGUCUUCAAUUCUUGAUGCUUGUUUCUUUUCUUGGAGGAGAUAUGCAAGAAGAUGUGGUGAUCUUCUUAUACCAUGAUCAGUGCCUGAGAUUUCGGACUAAAUUAUCCUUUGAAUGAAUAAAAAAUAUAUAAAAUUCACUAAA